AUGCCAUACGGUCAUUAUGCUGCUGAUGGUGGCAACACUGAGCCUAAGAAAAACGCUCGUGAUCAACGAAGAGAAAAACCAUCGUCCUCAGCACCACAUGAAUCAAAAUCAGCACCCAAAGAAAAACUGUCCUUGUUCACAAAACUAAAACAUGCCAUCUUUGGCUCGUCGAAAAAAUCCGAAACAGCGUCGUCACAAAGCGCAUCAUCAAAACUACGUCCUUGUGCAGACUCAGUUUAUUGUCUAAAGCAAAAUGCUAGAGAUCACAUCUCUGAAUACAGUCAUCCAUGUCGCUUUAAUGAAUUAUGUCGAAAUCCAGAGAACGAACCUCAUUUGACACAUGCACAUCAUAAAGCUUCUCUUUGUUCAGACGAUAAAGAUUGUACUAGAAGAACAGAUCCUAUACACCGAGCUAAGUAUCGUCAUACAAAUUUACCUGAUUAUCUCUAUCCAUGUCGAUAUCAAGAAUCAUGCAGAGAACAGUCAGAUGAGCAUCGAAUAAAAUUCUUUCAUGGCGAGGAAUUGCCUUCAGUCAAAAAGAACAAGUCUCGAACAGCUGAUAGAACAGCAAAAUCGAAAUUAACACCAUGCAGAUAUGGUGCUGAUUGUCGAAUGAUGAAGAAAUCAGAACACUGUGCACAAUAUUCGCACCCUACUAAUUCAUUUUAA